UUGCUCUUGUGUUCAUUGAGUGUUGCUGCCUGUCACUGCGUGACAUCAAUGGAACUGACACAGGGAUGUACUAAGAAAAUCUUUGGCUGUUCUGGCAGGUCUUAGCUCGCUACCAGCUGCUCCUGUCCCUACUGGUUUUGGGAACGGUGCAAUGAGAAGAGUUGAAGCCACAGCCCUACGAGAUGAGUUGCCUACGUGUUGUGAACGCUGCCAUUGUGCCCACUGCUAGGAUGCUAUUUUUUAUGGCCCUGGCAUGCGCCAGUCCUUUUUUAGAAUUUCGAGAAGAAAGGGCCAAAAUCCUCAACGUGGCCAUAAUUUUCAGCGGCACCUCAUACCCACCUGACAGUGCUCGCUUUGCUCCCUCCGCCUUUCGCAACUUUACUAUGGAAGUUAACCCGAUAACUGUAAUACUGAAUGACACAAAUCCUCAGAGCCUUAUAGUGCACAUCUGCGAUGUCCUCUCCAGCCUACGUGUCCAUGGGGUUGUUUUUGAAGAUGACACACGGACAGAGUCUGUCGCUCAAAUCCUUGACUUCAUCUCUGCGCAAACGUCAAUGCCGAUCAUAGGCAUUAAUGGAGGUUCUGCAAUUGUCCUGACACCCAAGGAAAAGGGCUCCACCUUUCUGCAGUUGGGUGCUUCAACUGAACAGCAGUUACGGGUUAUAUUUGAAGUCUUAGAAGAAUAUGACUGGACGGCUUUUGCAGUCAUCACUACGUUAUUUCCUGGAUACGAGGACUUUGUGGAUUACAUUGAAUUGUUAACGGACAGCAGUUUUAUUGGUUGGGAGAACCGAGGUGUCUUGACCCUCAAUCUCACAGAUGACCCCAAUGGUGCCAAACUUAAAAGACAAUUAAAAGAAAUAACUGUUCAAGUUAGACUUCUCUACUGUUCAAGGGAGGAAGCUGAUGGGGUCUUCAAGGCUGCUCGCGAGGCAGGACUAACCGGACCAGGCUAUAUAUGGUUUAUGGUCGGAACCAAUUUAGGUGGCACAGAUUACAUGCCAGAGCAUCUGCCAGUUGGACUUUUUACAGUAUUGACCUCCGGUUGGAAAGAUAACCUUCACCGCCGAGUGCAGAAUGGAGUGUCUAUAAUAGCUAGAGGUGCUGAGGCUCUGUACAAGGAUUAUGGAUAUAUACCGGAAUUUCACAAUGAUUGCCGAGCUCCCAAUCUUACUCAUGGGAACGAGAACCUACACAGAUAUUUUAUGAAUAUCUCCUGGGGAGGAAAAGACUUCUCAUUUAAUGAAGAUGGCUACCUCAUUAACCCUGCACUUGUGGUGAUUGCCCUCAACAAGGAGAGGAGCUGGGAGGUGGUUGGGAUCUGGGAACAUGGAGAUCUGCGCAUGAAGUACCCAGUAUGGUCUCGUUAUGGGAAGUUUCUACAGCCUGUUGAUGAUGACCAGCAUCUAACGGUGGCUACGUUGGAGGAACGACCUUUUGUCAUUGUUGAAGGUGUUGACCCAGCAACUGGAACUUGCAUCCGAGACUCUGUGCCUUGCCGCAAGCAGCUUAACAAGACUGACAACCACUUGACAGACCCUAUCAUUUUCGUGAAACAGUGCUGUAAGGGUUUCUGCAUUGAUAUUCUUAAGCGUCUUGCAAAAACUAUUGGAUUUACUUAUGACCUCUACCUAGUGACCAACGGGAAGCAUGGGAAGAAGAUAGAAGGAGUAUGGAAUGGCAUGAUUGGGGAGGUGUAUUACCAGCGGGCGGAUAUGGCCAUCGGUUCACUGACUAUAAAUGAGGAGCGAUCAGAGAUCAUUGACUUUUCGGUACCCUUUGUGGAAACAGGAAUCAGUGUGAUGGUGUCCAGGAGCAACGGCACGGUUUCUCCAUCUGCGUUCCUAGAGCCAUACAGCCCUGCUGUUUGGGUCAUGAUGUUUGUCAUGUGUCUUACCGUGGUUGCUGUGACUGUUUUCAUCUUUGAGUAUUUCAGCCCUGUCGGAUAUAACCGAAGCCUGGCCGAGGGGAAGCGUCCUGGUGGCUCCAAGUUUACUAUUGGGAAGUCCAUCUGGCUGUUAUGGGCUUUGGUUUUUAAUAACUCUGUUCCAGUAGAAAACCCUAAAGGAACCACAAGCAAAAUCAUGGUACUCAUCUGGGCGUUUUUUGCUGUUAUUUUCUUGGCUAGCUACACUGCCAAUCUGGCUGCCUUUAUGAUCCAGGAGGAGUAUGUUGAUACUGUGUCUGGACUCAGUGAUAAAAAAUUUCAGAGGCCUCAAGAACAAUACCCGCCAUUGAAGUUUGGAACUGUUCCUAAUGGCAGUACUGAAAAGAACAUCCGUAGCAAUUACCCAGACAUGCACGCCUAUAUGAUAAAAUACAACCAGCGGCAUGUCGAGGAUGCCCUACAAAAUCUCAAAACUGGGAAACUAGAUGCCUUUAUUUAUGAUGCCGCAGUUCUGAACUAUAUGGCCAGAAAAGAUGAAGGUUGCAAGCUUGUGACGAUUGGCAGUGGGAAGGUAUUUGCUACAACGGGUUAUGGCAUUGCUCUACAGAAAGGUUCCAAGUGGAAACGCCCCAUUGACCUUGCAUUGCUGCAAUUUCUAGGUGACGAUGAGAUUGAGAUGUUGGAAAGGCUGUGGUUAUCUGGCAUUUGCCACAACGACAAGAUUGAGGUGAUGAGCAGCAAACUAGACAUCGACAACAUGGCGGGCGUGUUCUACAUGCUGCUUGUGGCUAUGGGCCUGAGCCUUCUGGUCUUUGCAUGGGAGCAUCUCAUAUACUGGAAGUUACGUCACUGUAUGAGACAUUCUGGCAAACUGGACUUCUUGCUGGCAUUCAGCAGGGGUAUGUAUAGUUGCUGCAGCGCUGAAGAUCCCAAGGUUACAGACCAACAACUUCCUACCUUGAACCAUUGUUAUCCACCACAGAGAAUACCAGCAUUAACCAAUUCAGCAGUCCCACCACCACUACCCACAGCCCCUUUACCAUGUUCUAAUUUUCUGCCACGUGAAAGGCGUGUUGUGGAGAGGUGGCGUCAUGCACGGAGUCCCAACUGUUACAAAGACUUGUACACGCCUACUCGCACUGUUCAUGAGCCUAACAACAAAGUGGUUCCUCCUCGCCAUUCUCACAAGAACACAUUUUCAGAUGGCUUUCAUCGUUAUUAUGGUCCAAUUGAGCCAGAGGGACUCUCAGAUCACUUGGUUGAAUCUGGGCAAGCAUUUCCAAAGGACAAAAAGUUGGGUCCUUGUCAAAUGUCACCCCCAACUCAAAGGGAACACUUCCUGGAAAAUCCACCCUCCUAUUUUGCCAUUGUUCGAGAAAAAGAUACCCCAGAACCACCUGGUUGGCAAUCAAAGAUUUCUAGAGGACUUUAUGAUAAUUACCAACCUGGAAAAGAGAGGACACCAAAGCCCAGUGGUGCAGCACGAGGGAGCCGUACACCUGAAACAGUGGUGAAGAAGUUUGAACACCUAGGUAGUAGCUACCAGAAUAAGGAAUGUGAUGUUUACAGUGGUGCGGCACAGAGUAGCACAAAUAGACCCAAUAAGGUCAAUGUUGAGGUGUUUGAUGGAACCCACUACGGUGGACACACAAGGUUUACAUAUGAAGAUGAGCGAAGCUGUGGAAGAGACUGUCAACAUCGUAGAGAUGAGAUUGACAUGGAGUCCCAACCCCUUCUGCGCAAAAAGUCCAAACGCUCUCAUAUGUGCCGAAGCCACUCACAUCCACUUGUGAUGGGUGCCAGUCAAAGUAAAUAUGCCGACAUUUCAGAUUCUGAUUCAGAUGUGUGUGGAAGAGAUCCUCCGUGUGUAAAAACAGAGUUAGAUCACAACUGCUGGUACUCUCCAAACUAUUUCUGUACCUAUCCCUCAAGGGAACAUCAGACACCAGCUGCACCACGUAAGCCAAUGCGGUACUGGUCUGUAGAUAAGCUGGGCAAGUAUCAUCAGUUAAGUAAGGAUUACCUUCCAUAUACCUGUCAUGGCUCUUGCUAUUGUAAUAGCUUGGAAAUGCUACCACCUCACUGCCACAAGGAAUCAAGAUAUUUUAGUUGCUCAGAUGAAAAGCUUGAAAGACGACUGGACUGGGAUCACCUUCGUGGUGGUCAUUGCUCCUGCUUACAUCACCAUCAUCAUUCGUGUGACUUAGCCCCAAUUCACCCUACCUCCCGUAGUUUGGAGGACCUUAGCCGCUGUCAUUUGAGAUGUCACAGACCGAUCUUCUCACCAGAAUGCCAGCCUAGGUCAAGUCAUAGUGGAACCCUUUAUAAAAGGAGGGGGUCUGCCCAUUUCUCAAGCUUGGAAUCAGAAGUAUGACCAGAAGAAAACCCAACUUCUUUCAAGAUGACAAAUGUUUAGGGUUGGGAAAUGAUAUACAUCUUAUCUGCUAUAUAAGUUGAAACCAAAACUUAUAAUACAAAUUCAGUUACAGUGUGGACUGACUUUUCCUCUACAACGGUGGCCAUCAUGUUAUGUCUAAACUACCAGAUUUUCCUACAAAAUUACACAAACUCUUUUGUGGUAUACAGUGAUAUUAUUACAGCUUUGCAUAAACUUUGGUGUUUUGAGAUGACCUUUUACUUACAUGCUACUGGCUGGACCAGCAGGAGGACACAGUUUAAAUUAUGUGAUGGGAAGAGCCACUGAUUAUUAUACAGAAGAAUUUCCCCUUGAGCCCAAACUAGUUUUACAGCAGGUCAGGAUGAUCAAAGAAUAUCCCACAAAGUUUUUGUUCACCUAUUUACCAGUCCUAACGUUAAUGGCCUUGAUAACUGUAUUGGGAACCUUACACUGUAUGUGAUUAAGGUCUGCCAAGUAGAAACUAGAAGUGUGAGAGGAGAAAAAUAAGAUGUAUAUUUAUGGACACAACUUUACCAUCCCUCUCGUGCUUUUACUGUUGAGGAAAUGUUAAGGGCUUACCUAUAAGUUUAUACUACUUUUAAGCACACUGCAAUAUAUACAUAAAUAGAUGUGAUUAGAUUGAAUUAGUAUACUUAUAUAAUUAAUUAGUAAUCAUAUUCAUAGAAAAAAAAAAUCCAUUGUUAUUAUUCAGCCAAGAUGAGAAAAAAAAGCCUUUGGCUGUAUUGUUCUUCUUAGCUUUCAAGCUGGAAUUUUAUUGUAAAAGUAUAAAAUCAAAAAAUACACAGGUUUUUUUUAACCCUUUUCUUUUUUAACUUUGGAGACAAAACUGUGAUAUAAAAAAAAAGCAAAAAAAAAAACAAAAAAAAACCAAGACAAAAAAAUGUGAUCUUAAAUAGCCCCACGAUGCUUUGUUGUUUUGGUGUUUGCAUAUUUUUAUAAUGCAUUACAAAGUUACAUUGGUAAAGGAGUGGUAAAAAAAAAAUUCACUGGUUAAAAUAGGAUAGGUGGCUAGUUAUGGAACGGUCCCAGUCGCUGUAGAAUUUCAUCCUAUUUUUUUGCCAAAAGGUAUCUUUUUAAACUAAACAAGGGGAAAACUGUGGCUUAAAAGAUGUAGCAGUUAAAGCCAUUGGCCUUUCAGGUAUUUUAUGGUAUCGUAGCACUAAAUUCUCAAAGAACUUGUAAAGAAACAGAUCUGCACAAUGCAUAACCCUUGCACAUCUGCAGUGAGAAUUCAUUGGCUGGGUAUACAUUGAACUGUUCUGUGUCCAUCUGAAACUCAAGUCGUGGCUGUCCGCCUCACCUCGUACAAGUCAAAAGCUACUCAGUUGAUGCCAUAUUGCCGCUCUUUCAUGCAGUUCGAGACUAUUCACCUGUAUUCGUGUACAA